AUGUGCUUCCUAGUGAGAUCUGAUGAAAUGGUUACCACUGAUGCAUCUCUGGGAUCAAUUGAACAAAGGACGGUUAAAUUCAAUAUUUCACGUAAGAAUCCGGCCUAUGGAACACUUCUUGCUCUUUCUGCAUCCGGUUUCAGUAUUGAGAAAUCGGUGACUUUCACAGACAAAUUGUUCAAUGAGAUGAAACUAGAUGGGGUGAAAUUUACCAAUGAUGCUUCCAUUGCACGUUUCAUUGUACGCAGUUCUGAUAAAGCGGGUGAUUUGUUUGGUAGAGACAUUAUUGAGCAAGCUGAGGUUGAUUGCUGGGUGACAAUGAUCGAACAGUUUUUACGGCAUGGUAGCUUGAAAGAUUUGAUGAAAUCAGCUGAAGAAAAAUUAAAAACUAGUCUAUAUCUGUGCCUAAAUCGACGUACGCUUGCGGAUAUUAUGUUGUGGACAAUUAUAGCUGCAGAUGCCAAGGUCCAACAACAAAAGCCUUUUUCGUCUUUCUUCGAAAAUAUGCUGAACGAUCCUUUAUUUGCUGAUGCGCAUAAUGCUGUUGGCAGAUUUGAAGUAGGGACUCCAAGAAAGUUAGAGAAGAGGAAAAUAGAGUUGGAAAAAACCAGAACGACUAUCGAAGGCCAAAAUAAAGCAGCGAAAAAUGCUGAGGAGAAGAAAAUGAAAAAUCAAGUAAAAGAUGAAGGUAAAUUUAUAGAAUUGCCAGGUGCAGAAAAAGGAAAAGUGGUAGUUCGGUUUCCACCUGAAGCUAGUGGGUAUUUGCACAUCGGACAUGCUAAAGCAGCUCUUUUAAAUCAAUAUUAUCAGCAGACUUUUGAAGGAAAGUUGAUUAUGCGAUUUGAUGAUACGAAUCCAGCAAAAGAGAAUGCUCAUUUUGAGCAGGUGAUUUUGGAUGAUCUGAAAAUGUUGCAAGUAAAGCCGGACAGAUGGACGCAUACAUCUGACUAUUUUGACUUGAUAUUAGAAAUGUGUGAACGUUUAUUACAAGAAGGGAAAGCAUAUGUAGACGAUACGGACGGUGAGUUGAUGAGAAAGGAGCGCGAAGAACGUAAGGAAAGUCGGUGCCGGAAUAAUACCCCGGAGCAAAAUUUGGCUUUAUGGGAAGAAAUGAAAAAAGCGACUGUGAAGGGACAAAAAUGUUGCGUUCGAAUCAAAAUUAACAUGCAAAGCAAUAACGGUGCAAUGCGUGAUCCAACAAUUUAUCGCUGUAGAGCCGAAACUCAUAUUCGAACUGGGAACAAGUAUAAGGUUUAUCCGACAUACGAUUUUGCUUGUCCUAUUGUGGACAGUAUUGAAGAUGUUACACAUGCUCUUCGUACUACAGAGUACACAGAUCGUGAUGAGCAGUACUAUUUUAUUUGUGAUAUACUAGGACUAAGAAAACCAUAUAUUUGGUCAUAUGCUCGCUUAAAUAUGACAAACACCGUGAUGAGUAAGCGAAAACUUACAUGGCUUGUCGAUGAACAUCAUGUGGAAGGAUGGGAUGAUCCACGACUGCCAACUGUGCGAGGUGUAAUGCGACGCGGAUUAACAAUUGAAGGCUUGAAGCAGUUUAUUGUUGCCCAAGGUGGUAGCCGUGCCAUUGUUAUGAUGGAAUGGGAUAAAAUCUGGUCCUUCAAUAAAAAAGUGAUUGAUCCAGUUGCUCCUCGUUAUACCGCUCUUGCUUGUACGGAAAAUCUUGUUCAAGUAAUAAUCAUGGAUAAUUUCGCUGAUGAAUCAAAGAAAGUAUCACUACAUCAGAAGAAUAUCGAAGUUGGAACUAAAACUGUUUGGUAUAGUGAAAAGGUGCUGGUAGAAGAAGUUGAUGCACGGGAAAUGAAAGUUGGUGAUUUGGUGACAUUUAUCAAUUGGGGAAAUAUAAAAAUUUGCGACAUAUUGAAAGAUGGUGGUAAAAUAUCAGAAAUUAGAGCAAAACUUGAUUUGGAAAAUAAGGAUUAUAAGAAGACAUUAAAAGUAACGUGGAUUGCUGACACAAAACUAGGACCACAAAUUCCGGUAAAAAUCAUUGAGUAUUCUCAUAUUAUCAAUAAAGCUGUUAUGGGGAAAGAUGAAGACUGGAAGCAAUUCGUUAAUUAUAAUUCUAUGAAAUAUUUCGACUUCAUCGGUGAACCAGCAAUGAAGGAAAUACGUAAAGGUGAUAUUAUUCAACUGCAACGUAAAGGAUACUAUAUAUGUGAUUCAGCCUACACAUCCAAAAGUGAAUACUCUGGAUUCGAAGUGCCGAUUGUUUUGAUUCUAAUACCAGAUGGCAGCAAUAAACCUGUUAAAUCAACUAAAACGACUGCAAAAGAGUGUUCUUCCACUAUAGAGGGAAGAACGAACGGUAACAUUCAAAUAGAUGGAAAUGCACCAACAAUGGACAUACUCAAGCUUAAUCAACAAAUAAAGGAGCAAGGUGACUUGGUCAAAUCCUUGAAAGCAGCAGAUCCGCAAGGCGUAAAAACUGAAGAAGCGAUUGCUGUUCUUCUGAAUCUGAAAAGGGUUUAUCAGGAAUUGUCCGCGGUGGAUGACAAAACUGACAAAUUACCCGCAUCAGAUAAUGUCAAGGACUUAUAUCAGAGCAUUGAAGAACAAGGAAAUCUUGUUCGAUCUUUAAAAGCUGUUAAUCCUAAAAGUAAUGAGACUAAAGCUGCUAUAUCAAGGCUACUAGACCUUAAAAAACAGUACAAGGAAAGUACGGGUUCGGAAUAUAAGCCGAGGUUAAUAAUUUCAUCUCAAGAACAAGGACAACAGACGAUGGAAAGGACAAGUAUAGAAGAAUUGUACAAGCAGAUUGAGGAACAAGGUAACGUGGUCCGUACACUGAAAAGUAUGAAUCCAAAAAGUGAGGGAUCGAAGGCAGCUAUAGCGAAGCUUUUGAAUUUAAAACAAAAAUAUAUGGAAAUGGCAGGGACGGAAUAUAAAUCGGAAACCGUAUCUGUUAUGUCAUGUGAUAAUAAACUGAGAAAUGAUAGCACAAAAUGUAUGGAAGCGUUUGCGAGAAAAAUAAGUCAGCAAGGCGAUUUGGUGAGGUCUUUGAAAGCAAAAGGUGCAAAAGAGCAGGAAGCGAAGAAUGCGAUAGCGGAAUUACUGAGAUUGAAGAAGCAGUACAUGGAUGAUUUCAAUGAGGAGUAUAUAGUGAAUACUGCUAAAACGAACUCUUCCAUUCCGAAGAAUGAAGGAAAUCAAAAAAGUGAUGAAAAAAUAAAGAAGGAAGGAGUUCAAUCUAAAGUGGCAGGAGUAACGGCGAAGACAGUAGAGAUAGCGAAGCAAACAAAACUGGGCCUUGAUGUCAAAAAGGAAGAAAAUUUAGCGGAGUGGUAUUCCCAGAUCAUAACAAAAGCGGAUAUGAUCGAAUAUUACGAUAUAUCAGGUUGUUAUAUACUACGUCCAUGGUCAUUUGCAAUUUGGGAAGCAAUAAAAAAAUGGUUCGAUACAGAAAUUAAGAAGCUUGGCGUACGCAAUUGUUAUUUUCCGAUGUUCGUUUCACAGAAUGCGCUGCAAAAAGAAAAGGACCACAUUCUUGAUUUUGCUCCAGAGGUCGCUUGGAUAACGCGAGCUGGAAAUUCCGAUUUGAGUGAAUCGAUUGCUAUACGUCCAACGAGUGAAACGGUAAUAUAUCCUAGUUAUGCGAAAUGGAUUCAGUCCUACCGUGAUUUGCCCAUUCGUUUGAAUCAAUGGUGCAAUGUAGUGCGUUGGGAAUUCAAGCAUCCGACGCCAUUUUUACGAACACGCGAAUUUUUAUGGCAGGAGGGACAUACAGUGUUUCAGACAAAACAAAAAGCUGAAAAAGAAGUUUUUACAAUCUUAGAUUUGUAUGCGAAAGUUUACACAGAUUUGCUUGCCAUACCGGUAAUGAAAGGUCGAAAGUCAGAAAAAGAAAAAUUUGCUGGUGGUGACUUUACAACUACCGUUGAAGCGUAUGUCCCGAUUAAUGGACGAGGUAUUCAGGGAGCUACAUCUCAUCAUCUUGGACAGAGUUUCUCCAAAAUGUUUGACAUUUCGUUCGAGGAUCCGGAAACUGGCGCAAAAACAUUUGCAUGGCAAAAUAGUUGGGGUAUGACGACAAGAACAAUUGGUGCAAUGAUUAUGAUUCAUGGUGAUAAUGAUGGUCUUGUGUUACCUCCGAGAGUUGCACCUGUCCAGGUGAUCAUCAUACCGGUUGGCAUUACUUCCCAAUUGGAUAAGAAAGUGAAGCAAGAAAUAAUCACAAAAAUGGAAGAAAUCGUAAAGAUUCUUGAAAAAUCAAAAAUUCGAGUCGACAUUGAUUUGCGCGAUAAUUACUCUCCUGGGUGGAAAUUUAAUCAUUGGGAGUUAAAAGGUGUUCCAAUUAGACUUGAGCUUGGACCGAAGGACAUUAAAAAAUCUCAGGUCACUUGCGUUAUUCGUUAUAACAGACAAAAAUCAGUCAUUGCGAUCGAUAACUUAUCAGCAAAAUGCCUCGAAUUGUUGGACGAGAUACAUAAUAACAUGUAUACUAACAUGAAAAGAAUAUGUGAUGAGCAUCAGAAAAUUAUCACACAUUGGUCGGAGUUCAAAGAAUUAUUAGAUAAGAAAUAUCUAAUUUUGGCUGCGUUCUGUGGCCUUCCAAAUUGUGAAGACAACAUCAAAAAGGACAGUUUCAGUGAGGAAUGCGGUGAAGUAGGAGCACCACUGACGGGCGCUAAAGCUUUAUGCAUACCACUCGAACAGCCUUCGGAGCACUUACCAAUGCAAUGUAUACAUCCAAAAUGCAAGGAACAACCCAAAUUUUAUGCACUUUUUGGCCGCAGCUAUUGA